AUGCAUUCUGGAUUCAGAUCAAACAUUCCACGCAAUCAUCAUUUUUAUUCACCUGGAAUUGCUAAAAGAGCCUACCAUCGUAAACGAGACAUUUUAUCGAAGGAUAAACUACCUAUUGAUUCAGACGAUGUGAAAGUUCAAAAGUCAACAAAAUUACCUGAUGUACUUAAAGACCCAUUACCUAAGGAGGAAAAAGAUGUUAAACCUAUCGUUGAUGUGAAAGUUCCUAAAGAUGAUGAUGUACUAAAAGAGGAGGAAAAAGUUGUUAAACCUAUCGUUGAUGUGAAAGUUUCUAAAGAUGAUGAUGUACUAAAAGAGGAGAAAACAGUUGUUAAACCUAUCGUUGAUGUGAAAGAUCCAAAGUCAACAAAUGAUGUACUUAAAGAACCAUUACCUAAGGAGAAAAAAGUUAACGUUGAUGUGGAAAUUCCAAAGCCACCGAAAUCACCUAAAGUUGAUGUACUAAAAGAGGAGAAAAAUAAAGUUAAUGAUGUACUAAAAAAGGAGAAAAAUAAAGUUAAUGAUGUACUAAAAGAGGAGAAAAAUAAAGUUGAUGAUGUACUAAAAGGGGAGAAAAAAGUUGUUGAAUCUAUCGUUGAUGUGAACAUUCCAAAGCCAAAAUUACCUAAAGAUGAUGUUCUUAAAGACCCAUCACCUAAGGACAAACCUCCUGAAAAACCUCCACCUAAAGAGGAUCAACCUCCUAAAGAGCCUUCGCCUAAAGAGGAUCAACCUCCUAAAGAACCUUCACCUAAGGAGGAUCCUAAAGAACCUCCACCUAAAGAGGAUAAACCUCCUAAAGAACCUUCACCUAAAGAGGAUCCUAAAGAACCUCCACCUAAAGAGGAUAAACCUCCUAAAGAACCUUCACCUAAAGAGGAUCCUAAAGCUCCACCUAAAGAGGAUCAACCUCCUAAAGAACCUUCACCUAAAGAGGAUCAACCUCCUAAAGAACCUUCACCUAAAGAGGAUCAACCUCCUAAAGAACCUCCAGCUAAAGAAGUUAAUCCUCCUAAAGAACCUCCAGCUAAAGAAAAUAAUCCUCCUAAAGAAAAGGAUCCGGAAUCAAAUCCUCCCACUAAAACACCAAAGGAAAAUAAUCCUAAGGAAAUUCCUGGUAAAAACGGAAAAGAACCUUUCCCAAAUGAUGAUAAGGCGAAUCCACAAAAAAACGAAUCAAAAGUUCUAAAUAUAAACAUUCCCGAUAACCCACCAUCCGAUAAUGCACCAAAAAAUCCAAAAGAACCCUCUUUAACACCAACAUUUAACUCUCCUCCAGAUGAGAUUUCAUCUCAAAGGGAACAAAAUGCAAAUACAAUCAAUAAAAAUGACAAUUCAAAUAUAGAUAAUAGUGUAUCAGAUGUAGAACAAAAUGCUUCAACCGCUUUUGAUCCAACAAAAGUAAAUGAUCCGUUAUCAAAUCCAAGUUCGACUACCCAACCGAUAUCACCGACAACGGAUAUAGCAGCUCCAAUAAGUCCAUUUGACCCGCGAUCACCUUAUCGUAUACCCGCUAUAAUCGGACUGGUAAUAGCUAUUCUAUUGGCAUUAUUUGCUUUAGCAUUUUUAUUGAGAAAAACAGUGUUUUCAAAAAAAUAUAGUGAACCUCCUUAUCAAAGAACUUAUUCGGUAGAUGGAAGUAUUCAUAAUAAAUUAAUUCAGCGACAAUAUUCCAUGACAGAUCAUAGUUUACCACCAUGGUCUCCAACAUCUUUUGAUAAUGAUGCUGAAGAAAUAAAACUUCCCUCUCCAACCGUUAUACGAAAAUCUUUCUCCCAUCCGGAUUCUCAUUUAGUUGAAAUUAAUUUAAAUGAAAAUAUGUCUUCUACAGCUUACAACAAUAUUUCUUCAACAAAUGCAAAGCGGUCCACACAUUAUAAAGACUUGGCAAGAAAAUCAAGUUUAUUAAGAUAUGUUAAAGAUUUUGAAACAUUCGAUGAUGAGAUAACUGAGGAAGAAUCAAAUGUGAGUAGUAAUUAUGAAUUUCCAAAUCUGCCUGAUCAAGCUGUUACUUGGGAAGAAUGUAUGAAAUAA